AUGGACAAGACGCCCAGCCUUUUGCCAGACAGCACGACAGAACUUGCCGAGACUUUCGUGUCCGAUGAGACCGAGAAAAGAAGGUCAGAUCGUUCGUCAACUCAGGAGAUGAUGGUCACCGAAAGUGUCAAGGCAGGUCCACAGGCGCCAGUGACCUUGCCCAGUCUCGACCACCUCACACUGGAGGAACUGGCAACCGAGACCAUAGCCUUUGGACAGAAGUACAAGGGGCACCAGUAUCAGGAUACCUGGCAGGACCAGGAGUGGAUUCAGUUCAUGGUGUCGCGGUACCAGAACAGCAGCAAGGAGGAACACCGAAGGUUUCUGAAGUAUGUGGAACUUCAGGUCUCAGCCAUCGAACAGGGUCAAGGGACGGCACCUGUCAGCAGCCAGACAGUGAUCGCUCCCCGAGCAAAGCCCAAAGUGAAGCCCAUGGCCAAGAGUAUCGCCACAGCUUCCGGCACCUCUUCGCCAGCUGGAGAAAGCGGAUGGGACAUGGCCACAGAGAUGUACGACCCACCGACUAUGAACCCGACUCCCAUGCCGCUGAUGGAGGACAUGGCAGCUGUCCAACAACGAUUGCUGCACAUGGAGAAUGCCAUGACCAGAGUCAUCCGGUACAUCGAGAACAAGGAGAACCUCAUGAAUCCCAUGCCGGAGGAGGAAGAGGAACCAGCCCUGGUGGCCAAUAGCCGAUUGCGUGCCAAAGCGUCUAAUGUCAAGAGCCAGUUCCGUCAGAAGCCCCAAUUUGCCAAAUCCGAACUGAUGCAACCAGUUGCCCGUGGUAGCAAGGAGGCAAAACGCCUCAAGACCGACAUGUUGCAAGGGUCUGCACCGUCGUUGGAGAUGUGUCAGGAACUUGUACAGACUCUCAACAGCAGUUUGCCCAGAGUAGGUGUUCACCAACCCAGCGGUGAAAAGACCCAAUUCGAGAAGCCAAUGCAUGACAGCGCUCGGGAACCAUCGACAGUUGAGGACGAUGCCACCUCGACACCAAAAGUUCCCACCGAACACCGGCCUGCAUCAGAAGUCAAUGCACCUGUUCCCACCGAGGAGGCUUGGCAGCCUGGUCGAGGGUGGGUGCGGGAUCACUUGCCUUGUGCCAUUUGGUGCGGCUUGGGAAAGGCACCGGGUGCCUAUCAGCUCUGGACGUGGCCGUCCAUUCGUUCGCAGUUGCGAGACUUGCUGCAGCAGUGCCAAAACAGAAGAUUGCGAGAUCCA